AUGGCUUCCGAGGGCUCACAAGAUACCGGCGCCCAGCAGGGCAGCAAUCCCACUGGGAGUGUAGAUGGAUGGACUGGUGCUGCUGAGAAUCAUGGUCCAAAUACUGAGCAUAGCGCCGAACAAGUCCAAGAACCUUCCAUGCAACUUGACCCAGUCCACAAUAUUGCUUCUGGUGAUUCCGCGGGCAUAGACGAGGACGAUGACGAGGAUGCUGGAGAGUACGACCCCGAGUCCGUCACCAUUACCACUUCUGCCCCUCCCCAUGUUGAGCGAAGCGCUUCUGCUGCCUCGUCUCGUCCCCUCAAGAAGCCCAAGACAGCUGGAGGCUUCAUUGUUGGUUCAUCUGAUGAUGAAGACGACGACACACCUGCUCCGGCGCCGACCCCCAGCACUCUAAAGCCCACUCCGACUGAGGCGCAAGCUCGGCCUUUUGGUCAAUCCCCUUUCCAUCAAUCUACCACUCCUCAAGAUACCUCGAGCUAUGGCUCUGCUCAAGCGAGCAGUAACUCGAUUCCUGCUGCCACAACCGCUGCAGCUACCACACCUACAGUCACAGUCAACCCGAACGUGGCCGUGACAGGCGCUGGUAAAUCAAGAUUGCCCACUGAUAGUAUCGGCAUCCUGGAAAACCGUGUCAAGGAAGAUCCCCGAGGCGACGUUGAGGCAUGGCUAGCCUUGAUUGACGAGCAGAAGCGCCGUCACAAGGUCGACGAUGCCAGGUCCACCUACGAACGAUUCCUUGAGAUAUUCCCACAAGCGGCCGAGAUUUGGGUUGCAUACAUCGACAUGGAGCUGAGCUUGGACAACUUCACCCCCGCGGAGACGAUCUUCAGCCGCACACUGAUGCGGGUGCAUAACGUACAGCUGUGGACAACCUACCUCAACUAUGUCCGUCGCAGAAACGACCUCAACAAUGAUCCAAGUGGCGCCGCACGCCAGGUCCUCAGUCAAUCCUACGAGUUUGUGCUCAAUAACAUCGGGCAGGACAAGGAUGCAGGGUCUAUUUGGCAGGACUACAUCCAAUUCCUGAAGACAGGCCCAGGACAACUUGGAGGCACAAACUGGCAGGAUCAACAAAAGAUGGACCAGCUACGUAAAGCGUACCAACGUGCCAUCGGAAUCCCAAUGGCCAACUUGAACGCGCUAUGGAAAGAGUAUGACCAGUUCGAGAUGGGCUUAAACAGGCAGACGGGCCGAAAAAAGCUUCAAGAGCGGUCACCGGCUUAUAUGACAGCUCGCAGUGCCAAUACCCAUCUGGAGAACAUCACAAGGGGUUUGCAAAGAACCACUGUUCCUCGUUUGCCGCCUGCUCCCGGCUUCGGCGAUCAAGAUUACAUGGAACAGGUCCGACUAUGGAAAGCCUGGAUCGCCUGGGAAAAGGAGGAUCCGCUUGUUCUGAAGUCCGAGGAUGCAGAAUCCUUGCAACAGAGGAUACUCCACGUCUACAGUCAAGCCCUUAUGGCGUUACGCUUCUGGCCAGAGCUGUGGAUUGAAGCCGCGGAAUGGUGUUUCGACAACAAGAUUUUCGGAAAGGAUGGUCAGGACCUGGGUCUGCAAUUCCUCGUCGAUGGCAUUGCCGCCAACCCCGAGAGCUCCGUUUUGGCGCUGAAGCACGCGGAUCAUAUUGAAUUGACGCAGCGCGAUGGCGAAGACGACGGGGCGAAAGCCGCUCUAGCUCAGGCUGUGCGAGCUCCAUUCGACAAGGUCCUCGACGCCCUAUAUGAGAUGGUCAAGAAAUUGAAGGAACGAGAAGCCGCAGCGAUAGCAAAGAUCGAGGAAGACGCAAGCACUGAUCUUCCUGAUAAUGGGAGAGCUGACGGCGAGGACGACGACGAAGGGGAAAUCCUGGAAAGACCCUCUCUUGGGUCUUUCAAGCAAGAGAGAAUCAAAGCCGUACAGGAUGGCUUCGCCGUUCAAGUCCAGAUGCUGUCUCAGCACAUCUCCUAUCUAUGGAUCGCUCUGGCUCGUGCUUUCCGACGACUGCAGGGGCAGGGCAAGAGCCAGCCCCCGACUGGCGUGCGAGGCAUCUUCACCGAAGCGCGUGGUAGGGGCCGUCUUACCAGCGAUGUCUACAUAGCCAUCGCUCAUAUUGAGUGGGACGUCUAUCAAGACCCUGUGGCCACCAAGAUAUUCGAGCGUGGCGCCAAGCUCUUCCCGGAGUCUGAGCAGUUCUUUGUCGAGCAACUGAAGCAUCUCCACGCAAGACGUGACUUCACCAAUGCUCGAGUCGCUUUCUCUCAGACCGUACAGCGGUUCAAGCAGAAGCCAGAGCUUAUUUCCAAGCUCAAGCCACUCUUCGCCUAUUUUCACGCUUAUGAGGCUAAAUACGGUGAACUUGUGCAAGUGAGGGAACUGGAAAAGCAGAUGGCCGAACUGUUCCCGGAAGAAUCCAAUGUGGCUCAUUUCGCAGCUCGAUUUGCUUCGGACACUUUCAACCCCAUAACGGCUCGAGUCAUCAUUUCACCCGCUCAGCAGAUGAGCGCCGAGGCUCUUAUGCAGUCGGUCGAGCGUCGGUCCCCGUCUGUCAGAAGCAGUCCGCCCCCGGUGCCUCAGAUGGAGCGAAGCCCACGACCUCAGUUUCUGCCAGUCAACACCAACUCCCCCAAGCGUCCUUUCCAAGUCGAAGAGCAGGAUGAUUACAACCCGCCCCGGAAGUUGGCGCGCGGUGCCUCGCCUCUCAAAGGCGCUGCUGGCCGACGACUUGAUCAGCAACGUCGAGCCAAGCAUGGUCAGGGGAUGUCAACAAGUUCCAACGCACCCGCCCCCAUUCCCAGAGACAUCACCUUCCUUAUUGGUCUCAUCCCCCCGGCCGAAACUCUCAGUGCGCUUCAGUUCAAAACCGAAGGUCUGGUCCGUCUUGUGCGAGAGACUCACGUUCCAGACUACCAGGAGUGGAAAGCUCUGUAUGAGAACGGCCAAGCGCGCACGCAAACCAAGCAGGCGUCGUUGGAAUACCCACCUUACCCGUAUCCAGGCCGGGAUUCGGCUGGUGUCGCGGGCAGGCCCCAGAGUCCGUACAAUGGUACCGCCCGUGCACUUCCCCCGACUACCACUGCGUACCGCAAUUCAUCCCUUCGUCCCGGUUCCAGCGGAUCCUACGAGCCACCCCCUGCCGUUUACCAGAAUCCAGGACCAAGCCAGUUUAACCCGCUCGCACAUUCGUCUGGCGCAGACAAUCAUGCGUAUGCGGCAUGGCAGAACAAUUACUCGUCGGCGCCCAACCCAUAUGGGAUGCCACCCCCACAGCAGCCGUACGGAGGAUACUACUGA